AUGCCGGAUCCCUACUGUGUCAAUUUUGACUGGAUUCGCUAUCAACUACCUGAUGAUGCUGCUAUCAAGUUUACACAUGGUGACCUUCAUCGAAGCAACAUCAUUGUGAAAUUAACUCCGCAGCCACAUGUUGUUGGCAUCAUUGAUUGGGAGCAGAGCGGCUGGCUGCCUGAGUACUGGGAAGAACGCAAAGCGCUCUUUACAACUUUCCAAUGGGAGGAAUGGGCUUCAACCUAUUUACCAAAGAUUCUCCAAUCAUAUAAGAACACUGAAGAGGCUUGGGGAUUUUUCACACAGGGUGUAUUCUAG